AUGGAGGAGGCCGACGUGGAGAUGGCCGCGGCGGAGGACGGAGCUCUCGUGGAGCUGGAUGACAUGAAGAAGAGGUUGAAGGAGAUGGAAGAUGAAGCAGCUGCUCUCCGUGAAAUGCAGGCCAAAGUCGAGAAAGAGAUGGGCCAAAGUUCAAGGUUUACCCCCUUUUCCCUUUCUUCGUGGUGAAUCUAUGUUGUUUAUCUUGAGUUUUUCUUCUUUAAUUCAUCAAUUGUUUAGGGUCUGUCUUGGAUUGUAUGAGGUGGAAUUCUAACAGCAUCCAUUCCUAUACGGGUUCCAGCUUCCAGCUCUCUGUUUGACUUUGCAGAUCAGUGGUUGGAAGGAGUCUUUCUUAAUUCUUCCGUGAAUGAUUGGGACACCUUAAAUACUUGCCAAGGUUGUCCACCAGUUGUACGUUGAGAAAAUUGCUAAGGUCGUUUCCCGUGGUCGAGCUGACAUUUGAGGAACAGAACAUUACUGACUUGCUGUUGCUGAUCAUCUGGCCUGAUGCUUGGCAAAAGAGGUGCAAAGUGUCGCGAAUAAUUCUGAGUUGAUUCAAUUCUGCCUCUGCAAACAAAAUGAGAUUGUCAGCGAAAAAAGGUGAGACAAAGAAACUUGGUUGUUACCGAAUAUGAGGGGCUUCCAACGCCCUGAUUGGACUUCUAUUUUGAUUGCCUGGGAGAGCCUUUCUAUGCACAGAAUGAAAACAUAAGGCGAGAAGGGAUCACCCUGUCUCACUCAACUGUUAGGUUUGAAGAUUGGUCCCAGCUUGCCGUUCUAUAAGACUUGUGUUGAUCCCGUUUUGAGGCAGCUGAGUAUGAGAUUACUUAGCAGAGUUGGAAUCUUAGCAUCCUUCAUUGUGUCCUCAAUGAAUUCCCAACCGACCCUGUCAAAAGCCUUAGCAUCCUUCAUUCUGGACUAAAAUUCUAGGCCAUGUAAAUCUGACAGUAAUGAAAACUGUUAGUAGUUACUGUAGUACUCUUCGCGGUCCCAUAAAAAUAGUGAGC